AUGAAUCCCGAUGCAAUGGGUAUUCUUUCGAUCGGUAUACUUGUAUCGCGGCGGUCGCAAGGGUGCGUCGGAAAGCGACGAGGGCGUCGCGCAGGCUGUAUGCGGUCCAACUUAUACCUCAAGGCUGCCGCUGCGAAGCUGCCGAAGCCGACGCCGCCAUCUCGAGUUCUCUCUGCCUGCGUUCCUCUUCCUGCCUCCUCGCCGCAGCAACCUUUAUCUUCUCCUCUGCAAUUCGCCUCGACUCCGUCCACAACCUCAGCGUAUAAUCGUGCAACGACCUCGAGUACAAUACGAAUGGGUUCACCUCCGGCUGCGGAUGGUGAUAUUGUGGGUACUGUUGGUGAGGAUGUUGGGCAGUAG